GAUACCGGCACUAUAUAAGACCGGCGCAGGCGCGCCGAGGCCCUUUCCCGCGGCAGUGGCGGUCGGGGCGAGCGCAGCGUGUGGGCCGCGCGCCGCCGCCAUGGGCUUCGGGGACCUGAAGUCCGCCGCGGGCCUCCGCGUCCUCAAUGACUUCCUGGCCGACAAGAGCUACAUCGAGGGGUACGUUCCUUCGCAGGCUGACAUAGCAGUCUUCGAAGCGAUCGCCGCCCCGCCGCCUGCAGACUUGUUCCACGCUCUCCGGUGGUACAAUCAUAUUAAGUCGUAUGAAAAGCAAAAGGCGAGCUUGCCAGGAGUAAAGAAGGCUUUGGGAAAAUACGGUCCUGCUGAUGUUGAGGACACAACAGGUGCGGCCACAGAUAGCAAAGAUGAUGAUGACAUUGACCUUUUUGGAUCUGACGAUGAGGAGGAAAGUGAGGAAGCAAAGAAACUGAGGGAAGAACGUCUGGCUCAGUAUGAAUCAAAGAAGUCCAAAAAACCAGCUGUUGUUGCCAAGUCAUCAAUCUUGCUUGAUGUGAAACCUUGGGAUGAUGAGACAGACAUGGCCAAACUAGAGGAGUGUGUUCGAAGCAUUCAAGCAGAUGGCUUGGUCUGGGGAUCCUCCAAGCUAGUACCUGUUGGCUAUGGUAUCAAAAAGCUUCAGAUCCAGUGUGUUGUUGAAGAUGAUAAAGUUGGAACAGAUAUGCUGGAAGAGAGAAUAACAGCUUUUGAAGACUAUGUACAAUCAAUGGAUGUAGCUGCUUUCAAUAAGAUUUAAGUCUUGAUAUACCUAGAAUAAAUGUUGUUGCAAAAAAUG